AUGAUGAGGAAGGUGUGCAACUUCGUGGGCGAGAACUCCCGCUUUGGGCCCUUCAACCUGUCGGAGGUGUACCCUGCGCAUGGAGGUUUCACCUCUGUGACUCUGGAAUCCAUCCUCUUGGACAUCCUCAGCUUUCUCAAUACGAACCCCAAGGAGGUCGCCGUGCUGGGCCUCAACGACCUCUUUGAGAUUGAGAACCUCACCAGUUUCGGCGCGGCCGUCGCGCAGCUCGUGGAGCACCAAAGCCGCGUGCAGCUGAUCCGAGCAGAGGACUGGAUGCAGACGCUGGAGGCGCUGCAGUCCUCCAAUAGGCGCUUGGCGGUCUUCCUGAAGGACAAUUCCACCGAGGGGAUUCUUCCCUCCGACCAGUACCUGGUCGAGAAUUGGAAUGAUGAGAUCAUGGCGAGCGACGACUUUGAGCGCAUCAAGUCCUGGCUGGAGCAGGAUGCUACGCAGCACGCGGCGCUGCCGCGGCAAAAGUUCUACGCCUUCUCGGCUCAUCCGAGCAAGAACCCCAGCAGGACCACGGCCCAGCUGCUGAGUCAGGGCUCCGAGCCCAUGCUGAAGUUCCAGCGCCAGUGGUUCCAGGGCUAUUUCCCCGCUUUUGCGGAGCAGCUGGUCGAGUCCAACAGGUCUUUGGUCUUGAACGGCAUCAGUACAGAUUUUGUCGAGGAGAGCGGCGCCUUUAUGCUGGCCAUGCGCCUGCAAAACUUCUGCGCUUCUCGGCUCUGGACGGGAGGCCAGCUUUGCAAUCGAUACAACGUGGCAGAGUGCACACGGCGCUGCUCGGCGCUGAGCGCGGCGCUGGGCGCGGGGCUGGGGCUGCUGGCGGCCAAGCAGCUGGGCUUCCAGGCCAAGUUGGCUUACAAUGCCGCCUUCGUUUGCGGCGCUACUGCAGGCGCAGCCCUCGGCUCGGCGCGCUGGCUUUGGCAGGGCAAGGACGUGUCCUUCUGCGGCCGCCUGGUGCUGGGCGCCCUCAUGUGCGAGACUUUCCAGCAGGUGGUGCACAACAAGUUCUGCAACUUGCUUUUCCGAUGCAACUGCACCUGGGAGUGGGCUGGCGGCUGGGACAAUUGCAAUGUGCACAACGCCACCGGCCCAAGAUGUCCAUGGUGCGUUGCUCGUCAGUCCAUUUCUUGGACAACGGACUGCUUGCCGCUGGCGCUCAUGCUGCUGACCUUUGCAGAGGCAAACUGCCGGGGCUGGCCCUGGCUCUUGCAGUUGCUGCUGCCUGUACUAAGCUUUCUGCUGCUGGGCCAUUUGGCAAGCCGCUUCCUGCAAAAUGCCGCAUGCAAAGAUGUGGCGCAGUCGGCGAAAGGCAUCGCAUGCUGA